AUGAAUGGGAUAUCGCGAAAGUCACCUGGCACAAAGAAUCUUAUUUGUCAAAAUGAUCUCAGAGUAAGUGUCUCGGAAGAUGAGAGUCGACGAGUCGAGAGGCGGCGAGAUUUCCGGGAAGCGAAGACGUUUCGCGCCUUUCGCAACUGCGCACGUGUGACGCCGAUCUCACCGCGAGAACGUGACAGCGACGACGUUGACGACAAAAACGACGACGGUGGCGGUGGUGGUGGUGGCGGCGGUGGAGGCGGCGACGACGGUGGAGUUGGUGGCAGUGCUGGUCGUGCUGGUGGCAGCGGCGACGGCGGUCGUGCUGGUGAUCGUAGUGGUUGUAUUGUUGUUGCUGGUGGUGGUGGUGCGUCGAGAAAAGAACGGGACGCGCAAAGACGGACUCGAUGGAAGAGGGUAGCGGUACGGCGGAAGUCAACAAGUCGACGCGUGAAACUUAACCUAAUUUCGUCCGUCAUCGCACGGCACGAGGACGGCGACGAGGACGACGACGGUGAGGCGGAGCGAGAAGGUGGCCUCGAUACCAAGGGAGAAGAGCGACGAAGUUAG